CAGUCCCCGGCAGGGGUGGGAAGGCGGGGGGCGGGGCAGCCAUUGUCCCCGCCCCUGGGAGGGGCUUUCAGGGUUCCGAGGGGAAUUCCUGUAGGAGGAGUCAGGCUGGCUGGCCUACCCACAAAGCUGCUACCUGGAGUCCGUCCCUCCGUCCGUCGGUUGCGAGCACAGCGGAGGGCUGUGGCCACAUCUGGGCCCGGGCAGAUCCGGUGGAGACGGCACCCGUGGGCCCAAGACCCGCCCGGAGCCGGCAGAAGCACUGGGGCCCAAGCGACCGUGACUUUCCAGGGUGGGGCAAGAAGCUGGGCUCUGGGACCAGGCUGCGGCUGCUUCGAGGUCAGUGCCAGACCCUGCCCGAGCCCAGAGGGCCACACUGACCUUCACAGCCACGACCACCCGGUCGCCACCCUGGGGACCCCGCCCACCCAUCCGGACUCCUGCCCCAGGGCCCCCACUCAUGGCCCCUGUGACCGCAGCUCUGGACGCACCGGUCUGCCUUCAGCCUCUCUGGGCCCGGAGUGCCUAGCCCCCCCGCUCCAAGUGCUGGCAGAGGAAGACUUGGACAGUAAGGUUCUUAGGAACGGCCAGGGUGCUGGGGCUCUAGACAGUGAGCCCCUGCUGGGGGCCACGGCCACAGCCUGCCCCUGGGCUGAGCAAGCAAGGGAGGAUGGGGCUGGGGAGCAGGCAGGGGAGUGGGGGGAGGAGGAGUGCCCCAUCUGCACAGAGCCCUACGGGCCUAGUGAGCACCGCCUGGUCCUGCUGAACUGUGGCCACGGCCUGUGCAUGGGCUGCCUGCACCAGCUGCUGGGCACAGCCCCCAGCGCCGGCCUGGGCCAGGUGUGCUGCCCACUGUGCCGUCAGAAGACACCCAUGCUUGAGUGGGAGAUCUGCCGGCUGCAGGAGGAACUGCUGCAGGCAGAUGGGCCGCAGGGCCCACGGCCCCCGACCCCCCCUGCUCCUCCCCGCCGGGGCCCUGGGCCCUGGGCCUCCCUAGAGCACCGCUACCAGCUACGCUUCCUGGCGGGGCCCGUGGGCAGCCAGGGCUGCCUGCCCUUCCUACCCUGCCCGCCCUGCCUGGGUGCCCGGCUCUGGGCCUUGCGGGAGCGAGGGCCCUGCACCCGCCGCCUAGCACUGCUGGGCCUGCUGGCCCUUGAGCUCCUGGGCCUGUUGCUCAUCUUCGCACCACUCAUGCUGCUGGGGCUGCUCUUCGUGCUGCUGGAUCGCUCUGGUCACUGAGCAGGGCCUAUCACACCUGCCACUGGCACCACCAGGGCCUCGGAUAGUCCUGGCCACCGACGGACCGGGAGCCCCCGGCUGGCCCUGAGGCCUGACGACCAAACUGAAAAGCCCGAGAUGGAGCCCGGCACUAGCCUUCAAUCCAGACCCGGGUCUGGGGCCAGGCCUACCCAGGAGCCAGAGACUUCAAACCACCCUGCCGCCCGACGCUAACUGCUGGUGCCCGUGGGCAGUGCUGGAGGAGGCCUGUGGCCUGUCCUCACCCCCCUCUCCCUGACCCACCCAGCCUGUCUGCAAGAGGGACACAGCAGCUGCAAAAGUGAACCCAGAAGGCUGGUACUGAGCUGACUCCUUGGGGAGGGUGGGGCCCUGGGCAGGGGCUGCAGGGUCCCCACCAUGUCAUGUUCCACAGGAGGGCCAGUGUGUCUUCCCUGAAGGUCAGGGCAGCGGAGGGGAGGGGCCCUUGCUGUGCCAGCUCAGGCCACAGACAGCUUCCUCACUCACUGGGUCAGGACCCAAGGGGGUGGCCCGAGUGGCCAGGUGUCCAGCACAUGUCCCCGAACGACUAGGCCUUGGGGCUGGACAGCACGGACCCGAGGCCCCUGAGUGCCCUGUAACCGCUCGUCAUUGAGCCUGGGACCUUUAUCUAAAGGACAGACACAAUCAGCAUGACCUCACGGGUUUGUGGGUGACGUGCUGAACAAGAAAUGGCUCUCAAUACACA